UGAUCGCGUAUUGGUUGCCUGAGCUGUCAGUCAGUCAGCGACACGGCGGGAUGGCGGAGAAGGGGCUGGAGCGGAUCCCCGCGGUGGAUAUAGACCCGAGCGGCGUCUUCAAGUACGUGCUGAUCCGGGUCCAUAUAAAGGAGGGCUCGGAGGAGUACAAGGACGUUGUGAGGGGAUACGGCUGGGCUGAGUACCACGCCGACAUCUAUGACAAAGUGGCUGCAGAGAUUGAGAAGGACGGGGUUUAUGACUGCGAAUGCCUGGGGGGAGGCCGCAUCAGCCACUCCAACAAGAAAAUCCACAUUUACGGCUACUCUCUGGGUUUCGGUCGGGCCAGACACGCUGUGUCUAUGGAGCUAAUAAAAGCUAAAUAUCCUGACUGUGAAGUGACUUGGUCGGACGAAGGAUACUAGAUACGUCGCUGAACUGUCUGUUAGGCAACCAGUGCCAUAGCCUAUGCUGAGACACCUGAGCUAGGCGUCUGUCUUCUGACCACAAGGGGGCAGUGUUCUGAGCUGAGAGGAGAUUUCAGCAGUCCGUGGGAAGGUUGGAAAAUAAUUGUAUUAUAGCGCACGGAUCGCCGACACACGCCGACAGCUAUGUUUUUGUUUUAAUAUAUACAUAUGCAGACUAGCAGUUAAGCAGGGACACCACAAUGGCUGCCUUUACCGUCUGCGUGUAACAGGUGCACAUUAAACCUUUACUCCACCA